GGAAGGCGAUCGGUGUCAGCGGGGAUGGAGGAGAUGGCGGAGCCGGGCGGGGGCCCUACCGGUGCUGGGGCGGCAGCGAUGGCGGAGGGCGACAGCGCCGCCGGAGGGGAGGCCGCCGCCGCCGCGACUUCACCGCCGUGCUCCCCUCCGGCGGCCGAGGGCGGCGGGGCCAAGCCGUUGAGCGCGGCGGAGUACGCGCAGCGGGUGCACCAGUGGCUGUGGGACUCGUACUGCGGGUACCUCAGCUGGCAGGGCUGCCUGCCCGCCCUCCUCGCCGCCUCCGCCGCCGCCUCCGCCGGCACCCCUCGCGUCGCCGCGCCGCCCCCCCCACCUCCUUCCCCACCGCCGGGAGCGGCCGCCGCCGCAGCAGCCGCCGCCGCCUACUACAGCCCCUUCUACCUCUUCGCUCCGGCGCCGGCCCACACGGCCGCCUCCGGGCCGGGGCCUCGCACCGCAUCCGCCGCCGCCGCCGCCUCCUCCCCGACUUGGCCGGGAGCGUCGGGCAGGUUGGCCCCCCUUCCCAGGGCGGCCUCCAGCAGCGCCGCCGCCACCAGCGGCGCCCCCAGGGAGACGGGGCGGCCGGCAGGUCGGGAGUUCAUUAUCCCUUCGCUGGCACACAGGUUCAUAGCAGAGAUGGUGGAUUUUUUUAUUCUGUUCUUUAUAAAGGCAACCAUUGUUUUAAGUAUUAUGCACCUCAGUGGAAUAAAGGACAUCUCUAAAUUCGCCAUGCAUUACAUAAUAGAAGAGAUAGACGAAGAUACAUCCAUGGAAGAUUUGCAGAAAAUGAUGAUAGUAGCUCUCAUCUACAGGUUAUUAGUCUGCUUCUACGAGAUAAUCUGUAUUUGGGGAGCAGGGGGAGCCACCCCAGGGAAAUUCUUGCUUGGCCUGCGAGUCGUGACGUGUGACACAUCCGUACUUAUUGCACCCAGCCGAGUGUUGGUCAUUCCCUCCUCCAAUGUCAGUAUGACAACGUCCACAAUACGAGCCUUGAUCAAGAAUUUUUCUAUUGCUUCAUUUUUUCCUGCGUUUAUUACACUGCUGUUUUUCCAGCAUAACAGAACAGCCUACGAUAUUGUAGCGGGGACUAUUGUGGUAAGAAGAAACGGAGUCAGAUGAUACCAAAAGCUUGAGAUUUCCAGACUGGUUUUCAACAUCCCCUUCCCACCCCCAGUGAACAAAGACCUACCCCAAAACUGAAAUUGAGGUGUCUGUCAGAACCUUUUGCCGAAAUGAAAUGGGAACUGAUUCAGAAGCUGAAGAAAAUGUUUUACUCCGGUAUGAUGCCAGCAGCUUCCUUCAAAGUAUUGGAGUUUUCAUAAAUGCCAAAGAAGUUUGGGAGAACCAGUACGUCUUAAAUCUGGAAGUAUUAACCUCCGAUUGGCACAAAGAAGAGUGGCUGCUUGAACUGCAGAAAGGGGGCUCUUCUCUUCGUCAGGCUGUGGAAAGCAGAAACCUAGAAAUAUUCCACCAUAAAAGAAUUGUAACUCCUACAGUUUGGGAUGUUGGCAGGUAACUAGAAAAAUCGAGUUGUUUUCCAAGAAGUUGCCUAAGUGGUAUGAUGAACUCUGAGGGGAAGAGAACUGCAGUAUUAGACCGUAGGGCAAAUAACGUUAAUUAAGUUGCCACGUGUGUAGAAAGAAACGAGCAGUGUUUAUCACUUCCCUUAUUAUUACUUCACAGAUCAUAUUCCCCUCACCUCUUUUAAGUAUUUUAUCAGAACAUUGAUGUGAAACGUUUUUUGCAUGACCGUCUUAAGCGUUGUCACUUAUUUCACGUGUCAGAGCAGAUAAAGAGGGUGAAAUAAGAGCUGCUUUUUGGCUGGGAGGGGUAUGUUACACGGCAGUGUUAGUGACUUGGAGCCUGUAAAUAACUCUGGAGCUGUGAGCAGCACAGACCCUGCUUACAGAAAGUAACUUUUUUGCUUCUCUUUGGAGUGAAAGCACUUGUCUAAUUCUUGCAUAUAAUUAAUGCCAAGCAAAACAACCGAAUGUGUUUGAGGAGCAUGCAGAAAACAUCAACUGAAAUGUGUUAUGGGUGUAAAUCUACAGAAGUACAAAUACUGGUUAUUUUCACUUUAUAAUUCUGGCUAAUUGUUUGUAUAUUCAGAAUAACUUAAACACUGAAUAAAUAAGCCUAGUAUUUUGCAUGAUUACAUAGCUUUGAUAAUUUGUUUAUUCUUAUGUUAUUAGUCUCUUGGAAAAGGAAUAUAAGCAACAAUGUUAAUGUUUUAUUAAAAUUUGAGUAAGAGUUUGGAA